AUGGGCAUAUACUCACUAGAUUUAAUAUAUCUCCAGUCUCCAGCUAUCCAGGUCAAGCAUCAAGAUUCCGAUCUCCCCGCCAUGGGUAUAGAUUUAAUAUAUCUCCAGUCUCCAGCUAUCCAGGUCAAGCAUCAAGAUUCCGAUCUCCCCGCCAUGGGUAUAGUUCUAGUCUCCGGCCAUCCAGGUCAAGCAUCAAGGUUCAAGUCAAGGUCAACGGAUUCAGGUCGAGGUCCACGGUUUCAGUAUCUGUUCCAUCCAGGUCAAGCUUCAAAGCCCACGUCAAAGUCCACGGUUUCAGUAUCUAUUCCAUCCAGGGUAAGCUUCAAGGUUCAGGUCAAGGUCAGCGGGUUCAGGUCGAGGUCCACGGUUUCAGGUAUAUCAAAACUCGAUGAGCAGUUACUCACUUGUUUUUGUAUAUUUCUAGUAUCCAUUCCAUCCAGGUCAAGCUUCAAGGUUCAAGUCAAGGUCCACGGUUUCAGGUCAAGCUUCAAGGCUCAGGUCAAGGUCAACGGUUUUCAGAUCAAGGUCCACGGUUUCAGUUGUAUCCAUUCCAUCCAGGUCAAGCUUCAAGGUCCAGGUCAAGGUCCACGGUUUUCAG